ACCACACAUUCCAUCCAGCCUUGCACAUUAAACCAGCUGUCAAAGCUGCAGGGAAGGCUUCGUGGCCAGGCUGUGGGCUGCGGGCCCGGCCAGGGAACCAGCCUUACCUCUGGGACUCCACGAUGUGAUUCUCCACCUUGGGUCGCUCGGAGCCGAGAAUGGCACCAUCUGCUGGCCGCAGCCUGCUCCUGCUUGGCGCCCUGGGCGCCCUGGCUCUGGCCCUGCCCGACGGCAACAUCACCCUGAUCCUCAGCCGAGCAAAUUCCAUCCGCAACUGCAGCUGCUCGGCCGACAUCCGCGACUGCGACUACAGCCUGGCCAACCUGCUGUGCAGCUGCCGCUCGGUGCUGCGGCCGGCGGACGAGCGCGCCAGCUACACGGGCCUUCUGACCGUCUGGUUCACCGACACGGCGGCGCUCCGGCUCCUGCUCAACUUCACGCGCGUCCGAGACCUGAAGCUGGCGCUGUGCGGCCCGCGCAGCCUGCCCACCGAGUACCUGGCCGUGUGCGGCCUGCAGAGACUCCGCAUCGGCUCGGAGCAGAGCUUGCAGCUCUCCCAGGCUGCAGACUGCGAAGCCCCGGGGACCUGGCCGGCCUGUCUGUCCGUCUCCUUCCUAGACACGGCGCUGUUCAACAGGGACUCGGCCUUGAAGGCCUACAGCGUGGAGAACGUGGCGGGUCGGGCCAGUGGUUUUCCCCGCUUUUCUCUCUUGAACAUGUUCCCGGUUCCCAGCAACCAAAGCUACGUGAUCACCUUCAUCUACUAACACGAGCUGGGGCCCAAAUUCCAACUGGGGCCAACUCUGCGUGAUUUCAACCAAGAAGUGAUGGGCCUGUAGAUUCCCUCCUACAGCCUGACCUCACCUGGACAACUCCCCCCACCAAUCCCAAGACCACCCAGGUUCCACCUAGGAAUGAACAUGGUUUUCACUCCACUCCUCUUCUUGACCUGGAAGCUAUUUGGGAGAAGAAGAAAAAAAAAAAAGGAGGACCAUAGAGAUAGUGGAGUGAGUAAGGUAUUUGCCUUGCAUCCUGCCAAUCCUGCCUGGUUCAAUUCCCAGCACCACAUCUUUUCCCUCUGAGCACCAACACCAGGAGUCACCCCUGAGCACGAAAUCCCUGAGCGCUGCUGGCUGUGCCCCGCAAACAAGUCAGAAGAAGAAACCCGCAAAUAAACUAAGUGGAUGCCAUCUGGAAAUGUGUCCUGCCAGCCCGUCAGAGGCUACAUCUUGGCUGUUGGCAGUGGAGGGAGAAAUGAAAGGGUCAGGGAGAUGGCACUAGGAUUAAAGCACUUGCUUACCUUGUGCAGGCCAAGCCUGGUUUGGUCCCCAGUACCACAUAUGGUCCCCCGAGCAGCCCAGAGGAAGAAGUCAUGAGUAUUUUCAGGUCAUGGCCCCAAACCAAAAGUAGA